CAAGAAUCGGGUAAAAACUUACCUCGUCGUUGAUAUAACCUUUGGAGGCCAUUUCUGUUUGGAUUUAUUCGAAAAAUUUAGCCGUUAGGGGCCGUAUUGAGGGACCAGUUGCCAAUAGCAAAGGUAUGCCGCCCAAAAAGAAGGCAGCGAACGGCUAUAAAUUCGCUGAGCCUUUGCCGAAAGGGACUGUUUUACAAGAUCUGGCCAAAAAGCAAUGGAAAUUGGGACCCUGCAUUGGUAAAGGUGGUUUUGGGGAAAUCUACAGUGCUCAAGAGGAGAGUGCUCGUGGUACUCAGUAUCCUUAUGUGGUAAAAAUUGAGCCUCAUGCUAAUGGCCCCUUGUUUGUUGAAAUCAAUUUUUAUAUUAGACAUGCUAAAGUCGAAGAUAUUAAUAAUUUUAAAAAAGAAAAAGGACUGAAGUCACUUGGAAUGCCUGUCUAUUACGGAUCUGGAUCCCACGAGUAUAAGGGGGAAAAAUACAGAUUCUUGGUCAUGGAUAAAUUCUCUACUGAUCUCUAUAAAUUAUAUUUGGAAAAUCAUAAAGUUUUUCCAGUAGAUACGGUUUUUAAAUUAGGCAUUCAAAUACUUGAUGUUUUGGAGUAUAUACAUGAAAGGAAAUAUGUGCAUGCAGAUAUUAAAGCAGCCAAUGUAUUAUUGGGGGCCACCAAGGAUACCCAAAAUAAGCAGGCUUAUUUGGUAGACUUCGGUUUGGCUACGAAAUACACCACGGAUAAAGAAUUCAAGCCGAAUCCCAAAAAGGCCCAUGACGGCACCAUAGAGUUCCUGAGCAGAGAUGCCCAUCAGGGUGUUCAAACUAGACGAGGAGACUUGGAAAUAUUGGCAUACAAUUUGAUUCAAUGGUUAGGCUGUAAGUUGCCCUGGGAGGAUAGACUUGGGGAUCCCAAAAAAGUACAAAGUAUGAAAGAGGAGUGUAUGGAAACUGUUCCUGGGAUGAUUAAGGCUUGUUUCGGUACCAAAAGUUAUCCAAAUGCCAUAGUAGAGUACCUAAAAUACUUACAAACAUUAAAAUUCAACACAGAACCGAACUAUGAAAAAAUUAAAGAGAUCUUCUUGGCCGGGGUGGAAGAGGGCGGCGGUAAAGUGGGUACAGCUUUCGGUUUCAGCGGUAAAACUCCCUUAAAAAGAGUGGCAACUCCAGCAUCGGCGACUAGAUCCAAAAGUCGUAAAGUGGAAGUUGCACCACCAUCCGGUGAUGAGACACCCAAAAAGUCUAAGAAAGGACGCACGAAGAAGACUAUAAAAGUUGAAACGAAUGGGGUGGUGAGCGAUACUGAGGUACAAGAAGACGGAGUUUCAGAAUUCGUCACUAAAAGAAAAAAAUUAAGAAAAAUUUCAAAAUCUUUGGAUAAUUUGGCGGAACCUGCCGCCGAUCCUUUUGCAGGCUUUACGUCGGAGAUGAAGGAAAUUGUGUUGAAAAAAAUGGCUAAAGAUAAGAAAAAACCAAAAAAAGUUCCAAAAACAACAACAGUAGAGGUCACAAACGGGAAUGGCGACGACGAAAUGGCCGGGUACACUAAAGAGAUGAGGGAAAUCGCCCUGAAGAAAAAAGCCAGAGAAACCGCAAAGAAAGCGAAAACGAAACCGGCCGUAGUGACGGCCACCACUAGUAGCGCGAGCGACAAGAGAGGUCUCGUGAAAACGACGUCGAAACGAUUAAAGUCCAAACCACCAAAAAAUCACGGCGAGGCGGUCGGAUAUUCCGACGAAUCCUGUUCCGAAUAAGUAUUUUGUAUAAAUGUUAUGUUAUUUUUAAAAACAAAUCUGUACUAAUUGUGAAGUUUUUUAGUAGAAAAAUAGUUUUUUUCACUUUUAUAUUUUAAAGCGUUCAAAAUAAUGGCAAGAGAAAGACUGAAAAUUAAAAUAACAUUAAAUUAAAAAGAAAAGUUAAACAAAGUAACAA